UGCCCUUGUGAGACUGUGGAGCGCCCUCACGUUGCUCGGGGGCUAUCAGGGUCAGCCCUGUGGGGUCCGGGUAGUGCAGGUCACACCAUUUCUUUUAGCUUUGUCUGGUAACAGCAGAGAACUAAAGCUUGACUAAACUGCAUGUGCGUUCCAGAGACCCCGCAAUGACCUUUACUUGGAAAGGACUGAACUUCAGAAGUUUAUAUUGCCUCUCGCAGGCGCUUCACCCAGCACAGCUAAGUGUUUCCACAGACACCUUACAGUUCCAGAACCUUCACCAGAGACACAUCCAUGUUGGGGACAGAGCUGAACUUACCAAGGCUUUUACCAAGAGUGAUGUUGCAGCAUUCUCAGAGUUAACCGGCGAUGCAAACCCGCUUCACCUGGAUGAGGAUUUUGCCAGAGCGACUCCGUUCGGAAGGCCGAUUGUGCAUGGUGUGCUGAUCAAUGGACUGAUCUCCGCGGUCCUGGGCACUAAAAUGCCUGGGCCUGGGAGCAUCUUCCUCUCUCAAGAAAUCCGCUUCCCAGCACCCCUGUACCUGGGGGAGGCAGUGCUGGCAGCAGCGGAGGUCACACAUAUCCGCAGAUCCUUCGCCUGGAUUUCUGUUUCAUGUUCAGUAAAAGACAAAGUUGUCAUGGAAGGAGUGGUAAAGGUAAUGGUGCCAGGGGUUGAACAGAGCUAGACAGAAGCUGGCAAUGAAGUCAGACUGAAGGCCGCUACACAGCAGAUUCGAUUUGUCAUCGGGCGACAAGAUACUUUCGCAGUGACAUGACUUUUCUGUGUCUACUCUGACGGUAUUUCAACAUAUAUGGCAAUAAGUCAUACAUACCAGGCUUAUCAUUGCUUCAAAAUGGACUCCCAUAUAUUAUCUUUCAAAUCUUCAUCUUUUUAUAAUUGUUUUGAUAUUUGUCAUAAAGCUCUCUGUCAUUUUGGAUACUGCAACAACCUGGUGGAUCAUGUGCAUUGAAGAUGUUCUCUGAUUGCUUAAUCCCCUAGUUGUUGCGUGACAAAAUCUGUUAAUUUCGUGUCGCCAUGGUGUUGCCUGUGGUGUAAAUGAUACUUAUCAAAAGUACAGGUUCUAUUAAUCUUGUCGCAUCGCUGCAGUUUCGCUUGUCGCGUCUGGUGUGUACAGCCUUGGAAGUUAAUAAUAAAGAUAGUGUGAAGCAG